AUGGCUUCCUCUCCGCCUGGCAGCUCGGAGCGGUCCAGCCUCCUGGCCAACACCACCAGCACCAGCCUGAACCAGCCCUUCAUGGCUGGCUACGACAACGGCGGCAGCCCGUCGUCCCCCAUCUUACCCGCGGACGCGGCCUUGCCGCCGUCGAUACCCCGCACGGCCUCGGAGCUGGAAGCGGCGGAGGAGGCGAGACUGGAGGCGGUGGCCGCCCAGGCGGAGAUUCCUGAGGCUCCUCGAGCGCCCCUCACCGGGAAGGGCCUGCUGGCCCUGUCGCUUGCCACCGUGUUCGGCUACUUGUGCCUUGGGGUCCUGAUGUACACGACCCUCGCCGGGAUGAGCUUCUUGGACGCGCUGUACUUCUGCGUCGUUACCCUGACGACCGUGGGCUACGGGGACCUGAGCGCUCACAAGCCGGUGACGAAGCUGUUCGCUUGUUUCUACAUCCUCAUCGGCGUGGCCAUGGUGGCGGCCUUUUUGUCCAAGCUCGUUGAGCUCCUCUUGGACGAGCAGGAGGACCUUCUCGUGAACCUCCUGACGAAGAACAGGGCGCAGGCCAUGGGGGCGGAAGAUCCUGACACCGCCGCGAAGGUGGAGGUGGGCCUGGGCGUCUUCUACUUUUUGCUGCUCGUGGGGGUGGGCACAACGGUGUUCAUGGUGUGCGGCCACAUGUCGGUGAUCGACGCCUUUUACCUUACGGUAGUGUCCUCAUCGACGGUGGGGUAUGGCGACUACUUCCCGUCUUCGACCGGGACACGGUUGUUCGCCAUUUUCUUCCUGCCGUUGUCCACCCUGCUGCUGGGAAAGAUUAUUUCGGAUUACACCGAGAUGCAAGCGAGCAAGCGCGUAAAGCAGAGGCAGACGCGCCUCCUCCUGGCGACGGUUACGGCGCACGAGUACGCGGCCAUGGACGCGGACAACGACAACCGCGUCAGCCUCAUGGAGUUCAUGGUUCACACCCUCAUCAAACAAGAAAAAGUAACCCAGGAGGACAUCGAACAGAUUCACACCCGAUUCACGGCUCUGGACAAGGACCACAACGGCUUCGUUACGAGGGACGAGGUCGGCGAGGAACGCGAUGAAGACGGCGACGGUUUCAUCGACGCGGACGAGCUAUGAUAAAUCCCUGCCGCUGUUAUUGAAACAUCCUUGUCGCGGAGUUCCUUGAUCUCAAUCCCUUGCUGCCGAUUCCUUGGUGGUGCUGCCGGGGCGACUCGCAAUCGACGUUAGGAAGCGUCACCAUUGCUUGCUGCUACGCCGGGUCUCAUCGGCUCGAGGGAGCGGAAUAUCCUCACUUGCUGUUGAACAGCAUGUCUCAUCGGCAUGUUCACGGAAUGCUCUUCGUUGCUAGCUGUCGGCGGGUACAUGGGAGGAUUUAAUAGCAAGCCUUUUGCUAUUGGCGGAACGCAUCGACGCGUGAGAGAACGUUGCUGCUGAUGGUGGACCUCAUCGACGUUCAGGAAAACUUUGCCAUUCGUUCGUUGCCGUUGGUGGGUCCAGUCGGUGUAACCAGCGUCCGAUUGUCUUGUUGUUUUCGGGAUAGAGUUACAGGUAGCGCAUAGGAUGACUUUUACUGACGUCAACUCGCGGGAGUUCACGAGCUUGAUUGAAUCUUGUUGCGAGGGGUAGAGAGAGGGGAAAAAUUGCUUCGGCCCGCCACCUUCAAGGGGCAUGGAGACGCGAUAUCGACCGAGGCAGUGCUUUGAUGGUGGACGAUGGUUUUCAAUGUUUAUGUUGUAGUACUUGGUGUACAACCUUGCAGGCGAAACCGAAAUUCGCCUCUUUGGUUGAAACAAGCCAAGGAUCAUUGUUGUCAACUUUACAACAAUCGAGACGGACAGCCGUUCCCCCU